AUGAUCCUCUUCGUGUGCUGCUUCACCUGCUGCCAGGUCAUGAGCAACAAGUGGGCACCCUCCCUGGAGCUGCUGAAGGCCAAGUACACCGAGGGAGACACCCUGGACACCCUGGGCCUGAAGCACUACUGCUGCCUCCUCAUGCUGCUGUUGCUUGUGGACCUGAUAAAGAAGCUGCUUAACUACGCGCCCCUGGAGAAGUGACCACUGGCCUG